AUGAGAGCAUACAUGAUGUUGCUAUUAGGUUCUACCAUUCUUGCCGACAAGACUUUUACUCUUGUCGAAGCAAAAUAUCUUCCACUUUUGAGAUAUUUGGAUACUUGUGGAAGCUAUUGCUGGGGGGCAGCUGCACUGGUUACUCUGUACAGAUACUUAGGGGAUGCCUCAUUUUAUUCAUGCAAGCAGCUUGGCGGUUAUGCCUCUCUUCUUCAGUGUUGGAUUCAUGAGUACUUUCCAACUGUUGGAAAGAGAGGUACUUCUGGGUUAUGCGGCAUUGAUAGUCUGAUGGCUAGGGCGAUGAAAUGGGAAUAUAGGCAGGGGACGCAAAAAGUGGCUAACAUUCGAGCUGUGUUAGAUCAGUUGACUCCUCACGAUAUUGUCUGGCGCCCUUUUGAGGAUCAUCGGGUGCACCGUCCUUUUGAUGAUAUCUGUUUGUAUCGGGGUGGUUUGAAGUGGUUUGGUACUGUAGUUCUAUAUUUACCUGACAGAUGCUUGCGUCAGUUUGGAUACAGACAGUACAUACCGACUGCUCCUCCUAAUGUAGACACACUUGAUGUGGAUGUUGAGUGGGCUACAUAUAUGCAGAGUGUGUUGCAGGUGACCCGAUCCCACGAUAAUCCUCCAGCUGCUUUUGCCACCAUGCCAUACGAGACAGACGAUGAUUAUUUGCCGUGGUAUUAUACGGUGUCACAUCCUCGUUUGAGAUCACCACAGGAUGAUGAGCCGAUGGAGGUACCAGUGCCUGUCUAUGACGAAGGACCGUCAGACCCGAGAUUAUCAUAUAUAUCUCAUGAGCUUCAUCAUUACUUACAGCGUCAUCAGGCUGUUCCUGAAGACGAACAGUUUCUGGAGAUAUUUAGAGCACUCAGACUUGCACAGGGCGGACCAUUACCUAGGGAAGGUCCAAUUACUUAUGACAAUGAGUCUGAUUGA